AUGUUAGGGUUACUGUGGGAGGAACAUGUUCGAUUUCAAGCGCUCGAAUUGUGCCUUUUUGACAAACUUCUGCACUUUGAUUCCAGUUGGCGUUCUAAGAAGAGCGUUAGUGAAAUAUUUCUUAAUCAGGGAAUGACUGGGAUUGUGAGUGAGGAGUCUGGAGUGGGAAAGCAUGUGGAGGGGAUUUCAAAUGGGCAGCGUUGUCAAUCCGGGGAAGCAUUGGCAGAAUGGCGGUCUUCUGAGCAGGUGGAGAAUGGAAUCACAUCUACAUCUCCCCCUUACUGGGACACUGAUGAUGAAGAUGAUGGACCAAAACCUUCAGAGUUAUUUGGAAGAUAUACAUGGAAGAUAGAAAAGUUUUCUCAAAUUACCAAAAGGGAACUUCGCAGUAGUCCAUUUGAGGUUGGCGGCUACAAAUGGUAUAUUUUAAUCUAUCCUCAAGGCUGUGAUGUUUGCAAUCAUCUCUCACUCUUUCUGUGUGUAGCUAAUCAUGACAAACUUCUUCCAGGAUGGAGUCAUUUUGCUCAAUUUACAAUAGCUGUGGUCAAUAAAGACCCAAAGAAAUCAAAAUAUUCUGAUACGCUGCAUCGAUUUUGGAAGAAGGAGCAUGACUGGGGAUGGAAAAAGUUCAUGGAACUGUCUAAGGUUUAUGAUGGAUUUGUUGAUACUUCAGACAAUCUGAUAAUAAAAGCUCAAGUUCAAGUCAUAAGGGAGAAAUCAGACAGACCUUUCCGAUGCCUUGAUUGUCAAUAUAGGAGAGAACUUGUUAGGGUAUAUUUGACAAAUGUUGAACAAAUUUGUCGGCGUUUUGUGGAGGAGAGAAGAAGCAAACUUGGGAAGUUGAUAGAGGAUAAAGCCAGGUGGUCAAGCUUCUUUACUUUCUGGCGGGAAAUUGACCAAACUUCUAAGCGCCGCAUGUCUAGGGAGAAGACAGAUGUAAUUUUGAAAGUAGUUGUAAAGCACUUCUUUAUUGAGAAAGAAGUCACUUCUACUUUGGUAAUGGAUUCCUUGCAUAGUGGAUUGAAGGCUCUUGAAGGCCAGACUAAGAACCAAAAAGCUAAGAUGAAAUUGUUGGAUGCUGAAGAAGUACCAGCACCAAUUGUUCAUGUCGAGAAAGAUAUGUUUGUACUGGUGGAUGAUGUUUUGCUGCUUCUUGAAAGAGCUGCAAUAGAACCACUACCUCCUAAAGAUGAGAAGUGUCCUCAAAAUCGUACAAAGGAGGGAAAUUCUGGAGAGGAUUUCAACAAGGAUUCUAUAGAGCGUGAUGAAAGGCGCUUAACAGAAUUGGGUCGUAGGACUUUGGAAAUAUUUGUCCUUGCUCACAUAUUCAGUAAUAAAAUUGAGGUUGCCUACCAGGAAGCUGUUGCUCUCAAAAGACAAGAAGAACUCAUCCGUGAAGAAGAGGCUGCAUGGCAAGCUGAAAGUGAUCAGAAAGCAAAACGUGGGAGCGAGAGGGAAAAGAAGUCAAAGAAAAAACAGGCCAAACAAAAACGUAACAACCGGAAAGGAAAGGAUAAAGGGAGGGAGGACAGGUCUACUGUCUCUGUACCUGACAAGAACCAAGACAAUGCUGUUGAUAAGAAAAAUGAUUCUAACAUGGAGGAAGCUAUAGUUGUGUCUGACAAGCCUGAUGCCAUGGAAUAUGUCUCUGAUGUGUCUGAAUCUGUAGAUGGUGUUGCUGAAACUCUUCAGCCUGAUUCAGAAGACAGAGAUGCUAGUACUGUUAAUUGGGAUACUGAUGCAUCAGAAGUUCAUCCUCCAACUGAGGCUAGAAAAAAUGGCAUGGGUGGUGCUUCAACCAUACAAAAUGGAAUGUCCGAGAAAAGGAGCAGUUCAGUGAUAGAUGAUAGUUCUUCAACAUGUUCUACUGAUUCUUUGCCGUCAGUAGUCAUGAAUGACCCCCACAAGGGAAACACGUUUUCAAAUUUUAAAGUCCAAAAGUUUCAUAGCAGGGGUAAGAAUCGAGGCAAAGCAUCAUCUUAUGUGGGUAGUUGGACAAAUGAAAUAGAUAGUCAGCCAUCUGGUUCUGCAGCAGAUGCUGGGGAUACUAACAAUGACGCUGGAAGUGGUAAGAUUGGCAAAUCUGAGUCUGAGGUUGUUGUCCUCUCCUUACAGGAUCGGUUGAAGUGGGCUGAGCAGCAUGUUAUCAGAAAGAUUAAUCAUGGGAAAAAAGAUGUGUAUCCAUUUCAUCUUGUUUCCACACCUGGUGGUGGGAGAUCAGAGGACGAGGUGCUUUCACUGAAGAAACCGGGCAUCAGAGACCUUGUUGAGGCAGAGAGACCUGUUGACAAUGAAAGUCUGCAGAAAGAGAAUAUAUCAGCUGUGCCAUCCUCCUCGUCUAGUAGUCCUCCCAGAAACUUAUCCUCCUCUGUUCAAAUGAAGUUAGAACACAAGACUGUCAUUACUGUGUAUCCUGUCCAUGUCAGGAAAACAUCUUUAAGUGGCUCCCAACACAUUGAUAAAGAUCCAUCUUCAUCUUUUCCUUCUGCAUCACCAGUUCAAGCUGUAUCUAAAGCUGAGAUCCAAAAGAUUUCAACUGCAAGAUUAACUGAAAGAUCUGUGGCACAAGGGCCUAUGAUUUCAAGACCAUCAAGUGCUCCUUUAGUUCCUGGUCCCAGGCCAACUGCCCCUGUUGUCUCUAUGGUUCAAACGGCUCCCCUACUUGCACGCUCAGUGAGUGCAACUGGCCGGUUGGGUCCUGACCCAUUACCUGCUACCCAUAGGCAUGUCCCUCAAUCCUACAGAAAUGUGAUCAUGGGGAACCCAGUGGCCUCGACUGCAGCUAGUCUGACCCAGUCGAGCUCCUUAAGUUCAGGAGUAAACCCAUUGCCUGGUUAUUCUCAACCAUCUUCCUUGGUGUCAUCUGUACUUUUAUCCCAGAGCUCUGACAGAUUGGAUAAAAGUGCUGGCCAGUCUGGUGUUCAUUUUAGCAUGACUCCACGGGAUGUUUUACAGAAUGGUCCCCAGUGGAUUGAGAAUUCUCAAAAGGAAUCGAGCAGAAGCAUGCUCUAUGAUCAACCCUCCAGGCCUGAUGAUACUCAAAAUCGUGACUUGUACAGGCCAGUGCACAGUAGAUCAACGGGCAACAUGUCAACUGAGUUCCUAACCUGUGCAUCUGGGCGUCAGAACCAAGGGUUAAUGGUGGAUGAAUUCCCACACCUUGAUAUCAUAAAUGACCUGCUUGAUGAUGAACAUGGUAUUGGGAAGACGGGGAAAUCAAGUUCAGCAUUCCAGUCUCUGAAUAAUGGACCGCAGUUGCUAAAUCGACAGUUCAGUUUUCCUGGGGACUUGGUUUCAAAUGAUGAUCUGGGAUCUUCAACCAGUUCUUGCAGGUUUGAGCGAUCACGAAGUUACCAUCAUGAUCAUAGACUUCAAGGAGGUUAUAACGUGUCGGGUGGGCAUUAUGAUUCACUCAGGGAUUAUAUUCCACCCAUGAGUAGUGUGCCUUGCGUCAAUGGUCAUGUAGAUGGGUUGAUACCAAAUCAAUGGGAGGGGGCUGGUUCCGAUGUGUUGUAUCUGGGCAUGAGAAACACAGAGAACGAUACUUAUGGAUACUAUCCAGAUUACUCAAAUAUGACAUGCGGUGUCAAUGGUUAUACUGUAUUCAGACCAUCAAGUGGUCCUUAA